CCGGGUUUCCCAGCCGCGAUUGGCUGAGCGCACGGCCUCCUUCUGCGUCGUCGCCCACGGGUGUAAGCGCCGCCCUUGUCGCUUCUCUGGCAGGAAUAACUGGCAGCUCGGAGCGCGUGAAGCACCUCCCCCCUCCCCCCCCCCCAACUAUAUUCCCAACCCAUCGAGCCGCGCCGCGCCUGAUCAGUUGCGCUUCGGAGCAGAGCCCAACACGGCCCAAGCUGGUGCGAUGGAGAAUAGUUCAUCCGCCGCGCUUCUCGUCUCCUGCAUGUGGAUGUUGCUUUGCGGCUGCUAUCUCGUCGGCUGCACGGCCAAAGAAGUGGAUCUGCUCAACACGAUGGGCAUCCAGGGCGAGAUGGGCUGGCGAGCGUUUCCUCCCACAGGGUGGGAAGAGAUCAGCGGCAUCGGAGACCAGAAUAUGCCGGACCGCUUCUACCAGGUGUGCAACGUCAUGAAGCAGAAUCAGAACAACUGGCUGCGCACUCACUGGAUCCGUCGCGACGGGGCGCAGCGCGCCUACGUGGAGCUCAAGUUCACGCUGCGCGACUGCAACAGCAUCCCAGGCGUGUCGCGCACCUGCAAGGAGACGUUCAACCUGCUGGUGCGCGAGACCGACUCGGACGAGGAGCCCGAGCUCCAGGAGGGGCUCUACUCCAAGAUCGACACCAUCGCGGCCGACGAGAGCUUCACGCACGUGGACGUGGGCGACCGCGUGCUCAAGCUCAACACGGAGGUGCGCGAGAUCGGCCUCCUUAGCCGCAAGGGCUUCUUCAUGGCCUUCCAGGACGUGGGCGCGUGCGUGGCGCUCGUGUCCGUGCGCGUCUACUACAAGAAGUGCCCGGCGGUGGUGCGGGAAUUCGCCUCCUUCCCCGACACGGUGACGGGCACCGACUCGUCCUCGCUCGUCGAGGUGCGCGGCUCGUGCGUGCGCAACGCGGUGGCCAGCGGCGACCCCAGGAUGCACUGCAGCACGGACGGCGAGUGGCUCGUGCCCAUCGGGCAGUGCGUGUGUCGCCCGGGCUACGAGGCCAUCGGCAGCAUCUGCAAAGCCUGCCCUCUCGGCUACUACAAGGAAGCGGCGGGGGAUGAGCGCUGCUCCCUGUGCCCUGCGCACAGCUACUCGACACGGGAGACACCGGCACGCUGCUUCUGCGAGGCCGGCUAUUACAAGGCCGAGAGCGACGCCGUCAACAUGGCUUGCACACGCCCCCCAUCGGCGGUGCGCAACGUGAUCUCGAGCGUGAACGAGACGUCGGUGAUCCUGGAGUGGAGCCCUCCCCAGGACAGCGGGGGCCGCGGCGACGUGAGCUACCGCCUCGUGUGCCAGACGUGCGGCGGGGGCAGGGAAGCCGCCGUGGCGGCCGCGACAGCGGCGACGACGACAGGGGCGGCUGCGUCUCCGCCGUGCGCUCCGUGCGGGGACAGCGUGCGCUUCCUGCCGCGGCGCGAGGGCCUCGCGGUGCCCGGCGUCACCAUCGCGCACCUGCUGGCGCACACCAACUACACCUUCCGCAUCGAGGCGCUCAACGGGGUCUCGCGGCUCAGCCCCGCGCCGCCCAAGGUCGUGUCCGUGUCGCUCACCACCAACCAGGCCGCACCUUCUGAGAUCCUGGUGAUUCAGAAAGAAGGGGAGACACGGGACAGCCUCACGCUGUCGUGGAGUGAACCCCAGCAGCCAAAUGGAAUCAUUUUGGAAUACGAACUCAGCUGCUGCCACAAGGACUCGAAGGAGCAGAACUGCACGCUGGUGAAGGCCAGCUCUCGUGGUGCAACCAUGUCAGGGCUGCGGGCGGGCGCUGUCUACACGUUCCGCGUGCGCGCGCGCACAGCCGCAGGCUUCGGAGCCUACAGCGCCCGGGUUUUCUACUCCACCAGCCAAGCGAGCCCCCUGACAGGAGAAAUGAAGGAGAUCACCAUCUUGGGGGCUUGUGUCUCCAUGGUGAUUUUGCUGCUCAUAUUCUUCAUCGCCUGUUUCAUCAGCGGAGGACGUUGCCGACACACAAAAGGAGGUCACGUGCCAGACGAAGAGAAACUCAACUUCUGGAGUGGCCACAUAAAACUGCGGCGGAUAAAGACCUACGUGGACCCACACACGUACGAGGAUCCCGCGCAAGCCGUGCACGAGUUCGCCAAGGAGAUCACCGUCUCGUGCAUUUCCAUCCAGAGGGUGGUGGGAGCGGGAGAGUUUGGGGAGGUGUACAGCGGGGUCCUGCGCGUGCCGGGCCAGGCCGAGGCGCCGGUGGCCAUCAAGACUCUGAAGGCCGGGUACAGCGAGAAGCAGCGCAGGGACUUCCUGAGCGAGGCCAGCAUCAUGGGCCAGUUUGAGCACCCGAGCAUCAUCCGCCUGGAGGGGGUCGUCACCAAGACAACGCCUGUAAUGAUCAUCACGGAGUACAUGGAGAAUGGAUCCCUGGACUCCUUCCUUCGGAAACAGGACGGGCAGUUCAGCGUCGGCCAGCUGGUGGGCAUGCUGAGGGGCAUUGCGGCCGGCAUGAAGUACCUGUCCGACAUGAACUACAUCCACCGCGACCUGGCCGCUCGCAACGUCCUGGUGGACAGCAAGCUGGUGUGCAAGGUGUCCGACUUCGGGCUGUCACGGGGGCUGGAGGACGAUCCGCAGGCCGUCUACACCACCCACGGCAGCAAGAUCCCGAUCCGCUGGACGGCCCCAGAGGCCAUCGCGUUCCACAAGUUCACGACGGCCAGCGAUGUGUGGAGCUUUGGCAUCCUCAUGUGGGAGGUCAUGUCCUACGGAGAGAGGCCCUACUGGAACAUGACGAACCAGGAUGUGAUCCAGUCGAUCGAGGAGGGCUACCGAUUGCCGUCGCCCAUGGACUGCCCGCCGGCGCUGCACCAGCUCAUGCUCGACUGCUGGCAGAAGGAGCGCACUGAGAGGCCCAACUCUGGCCAGAUCCUCGUCUACCUGGACAAGCUCCUGCAGAACCCCGCCAGCCUCAAUGUUCCCUCGCAGAGCAAUGCACAGGUUUCGGAUCCGCUGCUCGGCCAGGCCGUGCCGGGUUACACCACCGUCCGCACCGUGUCCGAGUGGCUGGAUGCCAUCCACAUGGCACGAUACCGUGACAACUUCUUGGCUGCCGGCUAUACGUCCCUGGAGGCAGUCCGGCACAUGACGCUCAGUGACAUUCACAGAAUAGGAGUCACGCUGGUCGGCCACCAGAAGAAGAUUCUUAACAGCAUUCAAGUGAUGAGGGCCCAGACCCUGCCAGCGCACAGCACAGGCGUAUGAGGGAGUCACGCGGCUUCUCCAACAACACGGCAAAUGAGCGACACCUUCCACUGACCCACUCCUCUCAUCCGCGCUCCACUCGCUUGCCCAGCGCAUCAUGGACUCUUCACUCACUCACUCCUCACUCACUCACUCACUCCUCACUCACUCACUCACUCCUCACUCACUCACUCACUCCUCACUCACUCACGACGCCACGACGAAGAGAGAGGCAGCACUAUUUGUGGCCCAUCGGUGGUGUAUCUUCGGAAAUUUGAAACGUAGUUAUGGGGAUGGUGAUGCCGUUGCGAUGGGAAUGAAGCGUCUGCAAGGGUUGGCAUUGGAUGUUCCAUCUUGGCGGGUGCUUAUCUGAAGGCACGGAGCUGGGAAUCCAUGUCUCUGCCGCAUAAAGAGACACACCACUAUGGUUGACAGAGUGCCGUGGCUGAGCUGGCGGGUCAUCGGACGUUGAGAAGGAACGAAUGGGGAUUUGCUCUGUUACCAGACGGCAUGCCAGAUUCAUAUUGAAUCCGGCUAAGCAAGUGGACUUGUUGGUGUUUUGUUGGAAAGCACAUGCUUUGUUCCCUGAUCCAGGGAUGUGCAAAAUGUCUGAAGGACGCUUUGUCUGUGAGAUUUUUUUUUUAAGCAAAACGCUCUGGGUCAAAGACACUUUAUACUGCUUCUGUAAACUUUGGUGUCAAUUCUGAAGAAAAAAAACUGCUCUUGGUUGUGGGGAUAUGAAAGUGUGGCUAUUUGUGUAUGCCCAGCUAUUUUGUUAUGAUGUGUCUGUUAUGCACAACACGCAGCUCGUUAACACAUCCGCAAUAGAUUAGGCCGUCAUCUUUGCCAUAGCCACUCGGACAACAUUCAUGUCAUGUUCUGCCUCGGCGAGUGCCAUUUGAAUGGAUGCGCCGUGAGCUAUUUCAGCACAAGCUGUCUGCAGGGUUCAUAGGCAAAGCUCUAGAUUCCUUCCACUGCAUUACGUGUCUAUAAAUUCACAGAUGAGACCAAGGUAGGAUAACCUGGAUGAAGACGUCAGUGUGGAUAAGGCCAAAGUGACCUACCUUGGCUUUAAAAUCCCCACACGAUGGCUGGCCCAAGGCGUUAAUGUACAUGCAUAGAUACGGCAGCCUUUCUCGAAUGACCUAUUUUGCCCACAACUGCCAUGAGGAAUGUGGAAGCCCUCUGAUAAAUCACUGAAGCAAAUGGAAUUGGGAAUUUAGAUCUAGGUUUCGACAAUAUCUGGCCACAUACAUUUAUCAGCACUUCUUUACUGCAGAGGAAGCUUUGUAACCUUUGCCUGCUAUAGCUUAGCACAGAGUGCACAUCAAAUAUCGUAGAAUUGCUUUACAAACCCUCCCAUAUGAUAAACCUGGUUCAUAUAUAUUUUUUUAUAGAACGUUAUAAAUAGGACACACCUUAAGUGAAGUAAUUAAUCUGAAAACCGUAACAAUGAGCGAUGGUUAAUGACCAAACUCAUUUGUGUCACCAAGUCACCACUUUAAAUACGGCAAUUGUCAGUGCAUGACAAUUUGGAAAGCACUUUUAUUUAGGGAACACUAAAUACAUUUUAAAGAAAUUAUUCGCACUACUAAUAGCUACAGCUACAGGGACCAGUUACUUAAUUAACAGUGGGAAAAAAAGAACCUGUCUCUGCCCGAUGCAGUAACAAAUGCUUAAUCUUUUUGCAGCCCAAAUGUGUAAAGUGUGAUGUGUGGAGAGCGUUCGACUAAUUCUCCCGAUGUAAUUUGGCUGCCUUGGCUCUUUGUUCCUCUGAGCCUCUGGCACAUUAACUGAAAUACAAGUAACACAUGAUAUGCAAUACCUUGUAACCUGACGAGAACAAUGGCACCACUGAAUGGAAUAUCAACACUCUAGGGAAGCUUUAUUUUAAAGGCUUAUCGGACAGAGAAUAUUUAAAUUGGUUUUAUCACCACCCAGGAUAACACAUGGUCUGCACAUGCGCAUACGGGAGCUUUAAUCCGACUCAGGAUUAUGAAAAAUGGCAUCACGAGAGACGAGAUUAAUAUCAACAAGCCACUGUAAAGCCACAGCGUUACAUGAUCAGUAACAUGACUUUUGCUUAAAACGAUAAGCAUAUUAUUAUUGUUGCUUAUGAAUGAAAUGUAUAUUAGUGUAAAAACAUAGCUUAAAUUAAUGCACACACAGACAAUAUAAACAUUUACACAAUGCCAGCAAGUUUGAGUCUCAAUUAAAAAUGUUUAAAAAGUGUCAACUCCAACAAAUGCUUUGCGUGUAACUGACUUACUGUAGAUAAUAAUUGUGCUGAAAAGUGUGCAUAACUUAUGAUAUUGUACAUAAAAAAAAAACUUUGAUCAAGAUGUAAAUGUUAUGGGGGGUAGAUAUAGGAUUUAUUUCGAGCCUCUAUGUUUGUGUUAGUGUUUGGAAUCUAUCACUUUUUUUGUUGAAAGCAAUUAGCACACACUUUGUGUCGUGAUAUUUCCGUUCAUAGCGAUCGCAGGCACAUCAUUUCUCCACGUGCUACUGUAGCCUGAACAAAGCCCUUGUGCCUACCAGUGACAUCGGUCAUCAAUGGAUGUUGAAAACCACCCAAUGCGUCAGUUUGUAGUUGGUCAAGGCAUGUCGUUUUUAAGAUUAGACUUGAAUGUGACGGAGGUCCUUUGUAUACAUUUAUUUUGUAUUUCAUUUUCUAUUGUUUCCUGCUCCCACUCCCCCAUAUCUUCCGCUAUGUCUAUAUUAUCUUCAUCUGGUUAGAAUGCUAACACUAUAGAUUUGAAUAACGAUGAUAAUGUUAAAUAAAGCAGCAACAGUAAUGAUGACUAAAUGAAAUCUUUAUUUAUUAUAAGGCUGGAUUCUGUAUAAGGCCUUGUACUGCUCAAGUUUUGUAAAGUAUUUUUGUAUAAUAAAUGGUUGAAUGGA